AUGACUACAGACAUUAAGAUGCUCUUUUGUGUUGGACUUGCUUGUGUGUUAACAGGUUCAGGUGUGGGAACGUCUGCCUUUAUUGGGAAGAGUCACGGCGGAGGGAAGGAUGACCCCGUGCUGCAGUAUGUAGUGAACAACUCGCUCAGGGAGCAUCCAGUUCUCACCAAACUCAGAUUGAGGACCCUGGAAGACCGCUCUCACAGAAUGAUGGUUGCAAGUGAGCAAGCACAGUUUAUGGCAAAUCUCAUCAAACUGAUAAAUGCCACAAAGGCUAUUGAAAUAGGAAUGUACACAGGAUACAAUGCCCUCAGCAUGGCUUUGGCCAUGCCAGACAGCGGACGUGUGGUUGCCUGUGAAGUCGUAGAACAAUACAUAGCAGUUGCCAAUACCUUUUUUCAGGAGGCUGGAGUUGAAAGUAAAAUCGAUGUGAGGCAGAAAUUAGCCCUGAUUACACUGAAUGAGCUGAUUGCUGCCGGAGAAGCUGGAACAUAUGACUUUGUGUUCAUUGAUGCUGACAAAUCCAACUAUGACAACUACUACGAGCAGUCCUUACAACUUAUACGAAAAGGGGGCAUCAUUGCAAUCGACAAUGUGCUGUGGAGUGGAAACGUGGUGGAUCCCGCUCCCACUGACUACACCUCCCAGGCUCUAGAUGCUCUCAAUAAGAAGCUGCACAAGGACCAGCGGAUUGAACUCAGCAUGCUCACUGUGGGGGAUGGGCUGACCAUCGCCAUCAAGCGCUAAAUGUCUGGUUAUAAUAUGCUUAACAUGUAAUUUUUCAACAGCUUGCUUAUUUGAAAAGAAAAUGAAAUAAUCA